AUGAAAGGAAGAAAGAAGGGACGUUCUUUACCUUUAACCUUAACCUUGCUGUUCAUCUGUGUCACUGGAUGUGUGACUACUGACUUCGAUGACAGUGAAGAGGAGGAUGUUUUGGGUGCUGCUUUGCCACCAUUGAAACUGGGGCAUUCAGUCUGUGCCAUGAAGGCAGAUGAAGGCCCGUGCAAAGCAAUCCACGUGCGUUACUACUUCAACAUGCAAAGCCGUGAGUGUGAAAUGUUCGAGUACGGUGGAUGCCAUGGCAAUGAGAACAACUUCCUAACGCUGGAAGACUGUCAGAAGAAGUGCGUGGUAACAGAAUUGCCUCCAAAGAUGAUGCUAGCAAAAAUUAAAAAAGAAAAGCCCAACUUCUGCUUUCAUGAGAAAGACCCUGGAAUCUGCCGAGGCUAUUUUUCCAGGUAUUUCUAUAACAAAGAGACAAAGUUAUGUGAAGUAUUCAAGUAUGGUGGGUGCCUAGGAAACCAGAACAACUUCAAGAAUUUGGAAGAAUGCCAGACUACCUGCCAAGACAACUCAAAUGUAUUGCCAAUUGUUCCAGCUGAAGAGCAUCCUAACACUGUGAACAGUAGUUCCCCAGUGGAAGAACCCAACCAAUUCCCUGGGAUUUUUGAACCACCCUCUACCCCUUCUUUGUGUAUGACCCCUAUGGACAGAGGACUCUGCAGAGCCAAAGAGUUAAGAUUUUUCUACAACUACCCAACUGGAAGAUGUCGUCCAUUUAGCUACAGUGGUUGUGGUGGGAAUGAAAAUAAUUUCACCUCCAGAAAAUCAUGUUUGAGGAUCUGCAAGAAAGGAUUCAAUAAAAAAAAAGGUGAAAGAAGAUUAAUUAAAAUCAAGAAGAAAAAAAAGAAACAGUCAGUAAAGGCUCUGGGCGAGGAAAUCAUCCCUGAAAGAAUACAACUUUGAUUUUUAUGUAACUGUGAAGUAAACUACUAUCCACCUGUGAAUGAAAACCUUUAGUCUACUCCAUUUAAAUAUAUUUACUGUACUGAUUAUUUUGAUUACCUAUUAAGCUGCUUAUAUUUUUAUUAUGUAUUCCUUAUUCACAUUAAUAAACUUUAACUUUUACUUUG